AUGAAGUAAAUUGGCCAUUAUACAUACGAUGAAAUAAAUUGUCUCGGAUAAGGAGCAUAUGGCAAGGUCUAUGAAGGAUUAAACACUCUCAACAACGAAACAGUUGCCAUCAAGAAGUUGGACUUGAUACUCUUCGAAAAGGAUAAGUACUUGCGUAAACAAAUAGGUAAAUCAUCUAUAUAAAAUCAUCCAAGUUUAGGAGAUAGAAAUCAUGAGCAAACUCAAUCACAAGAACAUAGUCAAAUUUGUUGAGCUCUUGGCCACCAAGAAGUCCUUAUUCAUUGUGACUGAAAUGUGUCGUAAUGGAGAUCUUAAAUCAUUGAUUGCCAGCAAAAAUAUUAGUGAGUAACAAGUACGCUCAUCAAUCUAUGACCUAGGCCAUCGACAUUAUGCUCUAAAUACUCGAAGGCUUCAAAGAAUUGAUUAAGAGUGGUGUCAUUCAUCGAGAUAUGAAACCAGCCAAUGUUCUCAAUGACAUGGGUACUGUCAAAAUUGCAGAUUUCGGAUUUGCCAAAUACGUUGAGAAUUACUCCUCACAAUUGCUUAAGUCCUGUGUUGGAAGUCCCCUCUACAUGGCUCCAUAAGUCUUGGAAAGACAUCAUUACAGCACUAAAUGUGAUAUCUGGUCACUCGGCGUCAUCUUUUAUGAAAUGUUACACUUUGAUGUACCAUGGAAGGGCAGGGAUGAAGAUGACCUCCUACACAACAUCAAAACUUAACCCUUAUAAUUCAAAAACGAUCUCAGCUCUUUUUCAAAGCAAUUUCUAACCAUCGUAAAUGUUUCUAUUUAUCUAAGACUCUUGUCAUUGAAGAGGAGAAUCGAGCUUCAUGGAAUCAAAUUUUUGAUCUCUCCAAUACUUCUGAAUUACAAAAGUCUGUUUCUGCUGAAGAUAUCAAUGAGGAGAGCAUAUAAAAAUUACCUACUUGGAUUCAAAGACCUAGCAUUUCAUAACGAUAAGACAAAAAAGUCGACGAAUAGAAGUACCAAUAGAUUGAGGAAUUACAAUCACUAAGAAAACAGAUAGCUUAUUAGCACUUCAUUAUGACAGAGUGCUAUACAGAACAGAUUAAUAAUGAGAAUAACGGGGAAUUACAAUAGGAGAGUAUCAAAUAAUUGUUGAAUUAUAUCAAUGAAAAUGUUGUUAAAGAAUCAUAAGAAUUGAUCUAAGUAAGUUACAUGAUUACAAUAGGCUAGCAUUGAUCUGUAUUAGAAAUUGUAAUAAAAAAACUUGCUUUGGAAAAUGCAGGAACAAUUAAAUGCAGAGCAUAAUUAUUAUAUGUAGAUGUAGGUUGAUGCUAAGAAAUUGUUUGCUCUAAACUAAUAUUAAGGGAAACCUGAUGAUAAAUAAAUUAUUGAAGCAAAAAAUUAAUUGUAAAAAUGCAAAAAUUCAAAUGUAAACAAUUCAUUAUUGAUAACAUAGAUAGGCUGCUUCAAUGUUGUUAGAUUUGAUAAAUAAUUCAAAUUGGAAAAAAUGA